AUGGAUGUGAUUACCAUUAAUGCAUCACCGUCGGCUGAGGAAUUUACCCCGCUGACGGAGCAUCAAUCACAAACACCUGUGGCCUUCUAUGGCAGCAAACCAGUCUUGCACUAUAGCUCAAGCGGAGCCGUGGUGUUGAUACCGCAGUCGGUUCUCUUCAAGUUCGACCAAUUCGCCGCGCUCAACGAUGGAGUAUCAAGUGUCAGUCCCGUGGCCAACGGUGAUGCGCAAAACGGGACCACAGAAGAUGUCGAGACGAGAAUACAAGACUUGGACAUUUGGGUGACUUCGGAAUCGUUGAUCAUAUGGGCUCCCGCCACCAGAAAAGGCGUCUCAAUCCCAUAUCCCACCAUCGCCCUACACGCCCUCCAACGCGUCUCAGACCCCCCCAGCGCAUCGCAAGGCGUAUACCUUAGCCUUCACACCGUCGACAUCAACCAGGCCGACAUGGGCGAAGAUAUCGAGACCAUCGACUUCACGCUCAUCCCGUCCAACCAGAGCCCUUCAACUGCCGAUGCAUCCUCAACAGGAGCCGCAUCACCGUCCGCCGCCGAGUCGCUUUUCGCGGCGCUCUCCACGUGCGCCGACCUCCAUCCCGACCCUUCUCCAGACGAUGAGGCAGAGCCGUCUAUAAUAGGCGGAAUGGGCGGACUGGGGGGACUGGGCGGGAUUGGCGGGCCACCAGGGGACGGUGGAUGGAUCACGUCGGAGAACAUUGGGCAAUUCGAAGACGCGGAUGGGAACUUCGUGGGCUUUCAAGGGAGUGGAGGGGCGGCUGUUGCGGGCACCGUGCAUGGCCGAGGUGACGAGGAAGAUGAAGGGUUUGAGGAAGACGAGGCUGGAGAGGGAGCCGGAGAAGGGAUGGAGGGUGGUGAUGCGGGGAAUAGGGGCGAGACAAAAUGGAGGCGGACGGAGUGA